AUGCGGUACUCUUGCGUCCUCCUCCUCCUGGCCCUCUUUGGCUGUGUCCUGGUCAGACAGACCAGUGGCACCGGCACGACAACCACCACCGCGGCGGCUGCUACAGCCACCACAACCGCGGCGACUGCCACAGCCACCACCACCUCUGCAUCCGCCACCACGACUGCUGCCUCCGCGACCGCCGACACCACAACCAAGGUCAAGCGCCACUGGAAGAGGAAGGUGCACAAGGGCAAGAAGAGGUCCAUCCGCCGCAGGAACAGGAACAGGAACAAGAAGAACAACAAGAAGAGUGGCUAG